AUUGAAGGCAUAUUUAGUGGUUUAGUGUUCACAAAGGGUGAACAUUGUUACGUUGUUAUGCAGCUAACCAUGGAAAGUGACAGCGGCUGUCUCUCUCUCUCCGAUGAUAUAAAUCAACACCACUACUUCCAAUAUCUUUGUCUUGUUUGUGUGCAGAGUGAAAAUUAAGAGUGGGUGAGAUGAUCUCCUCACCAACCAAUCUGAGAACAGGAGAGGAGAAGAAACUGGAAAUAGAGAAAGAGAAAGAGGUGGUGGAUACUGAAUGGGAUGAGAACAGGAAAAUUCAGUCAUGGAAAGAGCAAAUAACAGUAAGAGGAUUAGUGGUGAGCUUGGUGAUUGGAAUCAUGUACAGCAUAAUAGCCAUGAAGCUGAAUCUCUCAGCUGGAAUAGUUCCUAACUUCAAUAUCUCUGCUGCUCUCCUUGCAUACUUGUUUAUCACAUGCUGGAACAAAGUUCUCCACAAGGCUGGUUUUGUGUCCAAACCCUUCACCCGUCAAGAAAACACCAUAAUACAGACUUGUGCUGUCUCAUGCUACAGCAUUGCCGUUCACGGAGGAUUUGCUUCUUAUCUUUUGGGAUUAAACACAAAGACAUAUGAGUUGACUGGAGUGGGGACUGAGGGUAACAAUCCAAACACUGUCAGAGAUCCUGGAUUUGGCUGGAUGACUGCCUUCCUCUUUGUGGUUUGCUUUGUUGGCCUCUUUAUCUUGAUUCCACUCAGAAAGAUCAUGAUAGUUGACCUCAAAUUGACGUUUCCCAGUGGCUUGGCAACAGCUGUUCUCAUUAAUGGUUUCCAUAGACAAGGGGACAAAAUGGCCAAGAAGCAAGUUAGCGGGUUCUUGAAGUAUUUUUCAGUGAGUUUCUUGUGGGGUUUUUUCAAGUGGUUUUUUCAAGGGACACAGGGCUGCGGAUUCGCACAGUUUCCUACCUUUGGAUUGCAAGCUUGGAAGCAAACAUUCUAUUUCGAUUUUAACUUGACAUAUGUGGGGGCAGGAAUGAUUUGCCCACACAUGGUGAAUCUGUCUCUGCUACUGGGAGCAGUUCUCUCCUUUGGAAUGAUAUGGCCACUCAUCGAACUGCGUAAGGGGCAUUGGUUUCCUACCAAUUUAGAAGAGAGUAACAUGAAGGCGUUGUACGGCUACAAAGUCUUUCUAACAGUUUCUCUCAUCCUGGGUGAUGGCGUAUACAACUUCGUCAAGAUUCUAGUUUCCUCAUUCCUCAGCGUACUUCAAAAAAUUAAGAACCGUCAAAAUGGAGGCAUAGAUGAGGAGGGAAACAAUAACGAGGAAGAGCUUAAACAAAAGGAAGUGUUUCUAAGGGACAACAUUUCAAUGUGGAUUGGAAGCGGCGGAUACAUGGUGUUGUCAGUGGUUUCCGUGGUGGUAAUCCCAUUAAUGUUUCCUCAGCUGAAGUGGUACUAUGUGGUGGUUGCUUACAUUCUGGCCCCAUCCCUGGCCUUCUGCAACGCCUACGGAACAGGUCUCACCGACAUGAACAUGGCCUACAACUACGGGAAAGUGGCACUCUUCGUGGUGGCAGCCAUGAGCGGGAGAGAGAACGGCGUGGUGGCUGGACUAGUAGGUUGCGGUCUGGUGAAAUCGGUAGUUUCUGUGGCAUGCACUCUGAUGCAGGAUUUCAAAACGGCGUAUUACACGCGCAGUUCUCCGAAGGCCAUGUUCGUAGGACAGUUGAUUGGCACUGCGUUGGGGUGCGUGAUAGCUCCAUUGAGCUUCUUUCUCUUCUAUAAGGCCUUCGAUGUGGGGAACCCGUAUGGGGAGUUCAAGGCUCCCUACGCGCUUAUUUACCGAAACAUGGCGGUGCUAAGCGUGGAGGGUUUCUCAGCGCUGCCUGAACACUGCCUGCAAAUGUGCUACGGGUUCUUUGGGUUGGCGGUGGUGGUGAACAUGGUGAGGGACCUCUUCCCAAAGAAGAUUGGACAGUGGAUGCCAUUGCCCAUGGUGAUGGCGAUACCCUUUCUGGUUGGGGCCUACUUCGCCAUCGACAUGUGCCUUGGGAGUUUGGUGGUUUAUGUGUGGCACAAGGUUAAUGCUAACAGAGCAGAGGCCAUGCUUCCUGCGACUGCCUCUGGACUCAUUUGUGGGGAAGGCCUCUGGGCCCUUCCCGCCUCCAUUCUCGCUCUUGCCAAGAUUUACCCUCCUAUCUGCAUGAAAUUUUUUCCUUCUUAGACUACCCUUACGCCUUCAUCUUUUCUCUCAAAAACCAAAUAAUCUUCCAACUCAAUUAAAAUAUAUUA